AUGAUUUUUUAUUUAAAUAAAAAAAAUAGAACGCAAGAGUUGUUAAUUUGUAAAGGUGACUUUGAACUGGAGAAAAUCUUGACCGUUCAUCAUCUUUCAUUUUCCAACGGUCCUCACGAGAGAAAUUCAAAUUUCGAAACGGCAAUAAAGGCAAACGCUCCCGUAUCGACUAGCCGUUAUUUGAAAACCCUACCGGCCCAACCUUCUUCGCGUCGUCCGAGUCUGGAUCGUCAUUCCGCCAUCACUCCAGAUCCAAUGGAAGAAGCUCCCAUUUCGCCCUCUUCUCCUCGCUCUCCCGUGCAGGAAGACGCUCCUAUGGCUCCUGGCGAAGCUUCGGCACAGGAAGCGAAGGAGAACACGAAGCAAGAAUCGAUCGACAAUAUCGUCCAGGCGAUCAGAGAUGAAUGCCUCGUUCCGUCUCCGGUUCUUAAGGGGGUCCCUCUCCCUGAUCUCUCGUCUGCGUUGCUUCUUAUUGGGAGAAAGUACAACACGCUGACGGAGGCUAAUCAGGGGCUAAGGGAGGAGUGCGAACACCUGAGGAAGAAGUGUGCCGAGGAAUGUGAACCUAAAUACGAUAUUUUGAAGAAGAAGUACACUGACGAACGUGAAGAGAGGAAGAGGCUGUACAAUGAGGUCAUAGAGCUCAAGGGUAACAUCAGGGUGUAUUGCAGAUGCAGGCCGCUGAGCUUGGAAGAGAUCGCCAAAGGAUCUUCCUGUGUGGUGGAUUUUGACCCCGCACAGGACACUGAACUCCGAAUCAUCUGCACUGACUCAUCCAAGAAGCAAUUUAAGUUUGAUCAUAUUUUUGGACAUAAAGAUGACCAAGAUGCUGUCUUCAAAGAGACAUUGCCAAUCGUGAAAUCGGUGUUGGAUGGCUUCAAUGUUUGCAUUUUUGCUUAUGGACAGACCGGAUCCGGAAAGACUUUCACAAUGGAAGGGAUUCCAGAGAAUAGAGGCGUUAAUUACAGAGCGUUAGAAGAAUUGUUCAAAAUUUCUGGACAGAGAAGCUCUCUCAUGAGAUAUGAAUUUUAUGUCAGUAUGUUGGAGGUUUAUAAUGAGAAGAUCAGAGAUCUUCUUGCAGAUGGUCCAGACCAACUCUCAAAGAGGUUGGAUAUAAAGCAAGCAUCAGAUGGGACGCAAGAUGUGCCUGGCCUUUUAGAACCUCAAGUUGGCAGCAUAGAUGAGGUCUGGGAAAUUCUGAUAAAUGGAGGAAGAAAUAGAUCUGUGGGGUCAACAAACGCUAACGAGCUGAGUAGCCGCUCUCACUCCUUGGUGAGGGUAACUAUUAAGGGUGAAAGUUUUGUAGAUGGUCAAAAGUUCACAAGUAGAUUGUGGUUGGUUGAUUUAGCUGGUAGUGAGCGUCUUGGCAAGAUUGAAGUAGAAGGAGAGAGGCUGAAGGAAUCUCAAUUCAUCAAUAAGUCUCUAUCAGCUUUGGGAGAUGUGAUCUCUGCUCUUGCCUCCAAGAACCCACAUAUUCCAUAUAGGAACUCUAAGCUAACACAUUUGCUCCAGAGCUCUCUAGGAGGAGAUUGCAAGACACUCAUGUUUGCACAGAUUAGCCCAAGUUCAGCAGAUUUAGGUGAAACAUUAUGCUCACUAAACUUUGCUAGCAGAGUCCGAGGCAUUGAGCAUGGUCCUGUUCGAAAGCAGACAGAUUUCGCAGAGAGUUUCAAGCUUAAACAAAUGGCUGAUAAGCUCCUUCAAAGUGAAAAAGAAAACAUAAGGUUGAAUGAAGGCUUGCAAUUGAUGCAGCUUAAAUACGCAUCUCGGGAGAAUGUUUUCAAAACUUUGCAAGAUAAGAUCAGAGAAGCUGAGCAAACAAGUAAAAAUUACCAGCAAAAGGUAAGAGAACUGGAGAAUCAAUUAAAUGGUAAUAGGACAACCAAGAAGGAUGCUGCAAAGUUCCCAAAGCCUCCCGUGGCUCCUUUAAGAGGGAGGCCUCCUUUACAAAGAAUCACCAAUCAGUUGUCACCCUCAGGACGUCAAACAAGUAGAGGUGCCCAUCCAGUAAUAGAUAAAGAGAAUAGUCUAUUAACAAAUAAAACUUCUGGGGAAGAUUUAGUUAAAUCUCUGCACAGAGCAAGAAGAAUAACGUUGGCACCAGUAAUGCGUAAUGUACCAGCUCAACCCAAGAGGAGGGCCUCUAUUGCAAUUUUGCAAGAUACAACACAAAGAGCACAAGCACUGCCUGUAGCUAGACACCAAAACAUCUCUGGUAAUACCCAGUUUUCGCAUCUUAUGAUCCCAAAGAGGAGGUCGUUGGCUAGCUUUACUCCGAUCAGAGGGUCUCUUGGAGCAGCAACUACUCCAGACAAGUCAAAUUUUAGCACAUUGGCAUCUAGUAGCAAGUACAGAAGCCCAUCUCGAUUUCAAGCAUUCUCCAAAUCGAUGAUUCCAACAUUUUCUUCCCCUCACCAAAGGCUUCGACUAACUUCGAGCCCCACCAAUGCUGAGCACUUGGAUGGUGCACACCAUACUACAAACAAGCUAUGCUUCAGUGUGCAGAAGAGAGUCAUUGUCAGUUCUCCAGCUCGACCAAAACAAUUCAUGCAUCAGGGGCACACGAUGUUUAAUCAAGUUUUAAGGGGUGGAAAUCUUGUUGGAAGGCUGCAGGGUACCGCUCAGAGAGUCUUGUGCAAGAACAAACGACGGUCUGUAAUCUAGAUUUCUGCAAAAAUGAAACAACUAUUGUUCUUAGCUCUUCUCCAAUAUCAAACAUGAUAGGUAGUGCAUUUUUACUACCAUUUGGAUUUA